UACAGAAGACUUAAAUUCAUUCACUGUGCAUGGACAUGUGAGAGGAUCAAGCUGUGCUCAGAACAGAGAACUGAGUUGCAAAUAUGAGAGGGAAAGCGGGGAGGGAUAAACAAUGCAAAACAGAUACAAAUAUAGCUGAUUGUGAAGUUCAGCUCUCUUUCUCUCUCUGAUGGUCAUGAUGUUUAGACUGAACCAAGGAGCACUUCUCAUUCCGCUAUUAGUGAUGUGGCAUGUCUUUGCAGGAAUCGCUAAAGACGACCACAGAGCUUUGCUGGUGUCCAGAGGAGACUCAGUGACGCUGAUCUGCAACACAAGACAGAAUAAUACAACCCUAAUCACCUGGACCAACGGCAGAUCUGUUUUUCAAUAUUCCAUUGUGCUGAAUAGCACCCAUUCAAAUUUCUCUUUCCAUAAACUGAAAAUAAAUCGUGAGUUACCUGCAAAGCUAAUUAUUUUUAGUGCUCAGCCUGAAGAUGGAGGACUUUAUACAUGCUACAUAACAGACAGAAGUGGUGUAAACAGCAUUACAUGGAAUUUAACUGUGUCUGAGGACCCCAGAGAUUCCAUUUCAUCAAAGUAUUUUCUAUACAUACUCCCAUCUGCAAUUGGAAUCCUUCUAUGUGGCAUCACACUAGCUGUCUUUAUCUGUGGAAAAAUUGUGAUGAAGACACUGAAUCAGGAUCCAGUCCAGGAUCAGUUUCCUCCCCAGUCAGGAGAAGAGGCAGUUCUUCCUCAACCACAGGGUGGCACUAUUUGUUGUAAAAAUAAAAAGCAGAGGCGUCAGUAUAUGGAGAGGGUGAAUACAAUCUAUGAUAAUGUCUAAAUGGAUUAACAAUCCACAAAAGGGAACACCAUCAGAGGGAGGACAACAGUGCUACUAUAGCCAAUAGAACAAAUCCCUCUGCUUACAAGAAGCAGCCAAUUAGAAGAAGGUUUGUAUUAAAGAACACGAGAAGGGAACUAAACGUGUUGUUUCAGGGACAGGAUGAACUGCAGGCCUACCAAAUAAAUAGGGAUGAUAUGAAACUGUGAAUCAGAACAAGUCAAGUCCAAGUGUAACUUGAAUCCUUAGGAAUUUUCCCUAAAGUUUUCACUUUAUGACAAUAAUGUAUUCUCAGCUCAAGCUCAUUAAUGUUUUUUCCUCCAAGUUUUCAUUAUAAGCUUGU